UGACCGUAAUCUCUCAAUCCGCCGUGUACAACAAUAUGGCAACCAGAUGGGGAAUCUGCAGCGCGGGGAAGAUCAGUCAUGACUUCACUGUGGCCCUGAAAACUCUUCCACCUGAAGACCAUCAGGUAGUGGCUGUGGCAGCACGCAAGUUGGAGGAUGCGCAGGAGUUUGCCAAAAAGCACAGCAUCUCCAAAGCUUAUGGCAGCUAUGAGGAGCUGGCCAGAGAUCCUGACGUAGAUGUGGUGUACAUUGGAGUAAUCCACCCUUACCAUCUGAGCACUUGUCUGCUCUUCACAAAUGCCAAGAAGAAUGUGCUGUGUGAGAAGCCACUGGCUAUGAACACCAAGGAGGUGCAGGAGAUCCUGGCCUCUGCCAAAAGGAAUGAUGUCUUUCUCAUGGAGGCUGUUUGGACCCGCUUUUUCCCAGUCUCAGUUGAGAUCAGACGGCUGCUGGCCCAGGGGGAGCUGGGUGACGUGAAGAUGGUCAGAUCAGAGUUCGGUGUGCCAUUGAUGCAUAUUCCAAGAGCAGUGCAGAAGGAGCUCGGUGGAGGAGCAUUACUUGACGUCGGGAUCUACUGCUUGCAGUUUAUAUCCAUGGUGUACAAUGGGGAGAAGCCAGAGAGCAUUCAAGCUAGUGGGGUAGUGCACCUGGAGAAGGGAGUGGAUGAGACUGUGGUCGCCAUUCUCAAGUACUCUGGAAACAGAAUGGCAGUGAUUACUUGCUCCGCAGGUGUACAACUUCCCAAUGAUGCCAUUAUUAUGGGAACAAAGGGCUUCGUUCGAGUCCCUGCUCCAAUGUGGUGCCCCACGUCAUUAGUGGUGAAUGGGAAGGAGACUGAGUACCCAGUGCCAGAACCCUAUUUACCUCUCAACUUCAUCAACAGUACAGGAAUGCGUUAUGAAGCAGAGGAGGUUCGACAGUGUUUGCUCAAAGGUCUGAAGGAGUGUGCAGUCAUGUCCCAUGCAGACUCUCUCCUGCUGGCUGAGCUGGAGGAUGAGAUCCGCAGGCAGGUGGGGGUGGUGUACAGCCAGGACUGCCAGUAAACGUUAAACACAAACCCAUAUUAUGAUUAAAGAGAAAUAGUUUGUAAUUACGGCUAAUUUCCUCUUAUUGCUCCAACAGUAACCUUUACUCCUCCAAUAAGGGUGUAAGGGUGAAGGCUGUAAGAGUGACGAGCAGUGUCAUCUUAUCCAAACCCAGAUACUGCAGAAGAUGUUAAAUAUUACCUUUAUUUCAUGAACUUCAAAUAUGAGGAGAAAAAAAACGUUACGUUACUGAAUACUGCUGGGUCUAGCAAUACACUAUAACACUGUGAAACCUUUUGAUCAUCCAUGAAAUAAAUUUUCAAUUACAGUUUUGCCAAAGA